CGAGACAAUGACAGUGGCGUAGUGGGCGUUGCUCCAGGCGCACGAUUAUGGGCCAUUCGCGUACUAGACAGUAACGGCAGUGGCUCUUGGUCUUCGGUCAUUUGUGGUAUUGAUUAUGUCGCUUCAAAAGCGUCAACGAUAGACGUGGCAAACAUGAGUCUUGGCGGCCCGGGCAACGCUGGGAGUUGUACUGAUGGUGGUAUGCGCGAAGCAAUUUGUAAUGCAACCUCAGCGGGAGUCACCUUUGUGGUCGCAGCCGGUAAUGAGAGUAGCGAUACAGCAACACAGGCACCCGCAGCUUAUCCAGAGGUCAUUACGGUUUCAGCACUGGCAGAUUUUGAUGGUAUCCAAGGUGGUGUAGGAAGCCCGAGCUGUCGAUAUGAUGAGGAUGAUAGCUUUGCUAACUUCAGUAACUAUGGUGAUGAAGUAGAUAUUAUUGCACCGGGUGUCUGUAUCACAUCAACCUGGAAUGAUGGCUCACUAGUCACCAUCAGCGGCACCUCAAUGGCCGCACCUCAUGUUGCAGGUGCGGCGGCACUCUACAAGCAGUAUUACCCUCAGGCAAGCUCAGAAAACGUUAAAAAUGCCUUGUUAAGUGCAGGUAGCUACAAUUGGAACGCUAAUGAUGAUCAGGAUGGUAUUCAAGAGCCAUUAUUAGAUGUUGGCCAGUUAUAG